CAUGUCUCUGCCUCAGCGCCUUGAGGAUAUCCUGUCAUUGAGCCAGACGUGUAUACAGUUGAGAGUGGCCGAUUUCACCACGACCCCUAGAUUGGCCAUUUUUCCUGUCUAGAGGGAGUUCUCACAGAUCAUCUGUUUCAAUCCAGGAAAAGGAGAGGAAGAGAUUUAAAAGCAAACACUGAAAUGAGAAAGAAUUCACUGGGCGUUCAUCAGACUAAGUUAAUGUAGCUAAAUAGUCCUGGCAGGUGCCUGACGUGGAGAAGAAGCAAAUAUUUCCUCACCAUGCUACAAAUUUUAAUACUUCUUUUCCUUGGAUUGGCGGCACAAAAUCUCUGUUCCCUGCCUGACACUGCAGAGCAGGCAAAAAGAUGUGAUAAGAAGUCUCUCCUUACAAUUAGGACUGAGUGCCGAUCCUGCUCACUCAACUUUGGAAUGAAAUGCCCAGAUGGUUACGCCAAGGUUACCAAUGGCACCGUAGGGAUCCGAGAUUGCAGGUACACCUUUGAGGUCAGAACAUACUCGCUGUCUCUCCCUGGAUGCCGCCAUAUCUGUAGGAAGGACUAUCUCCGGCCUCAUUGCUGUCCAGGCCACUGGGGCCCAGACUGCAUGGAGUGCCCGGGAGGAGCGAGGGCGCCCUGCAGUGGCCGGGGCAGAUGUGCUGACGGCAUGGAAGGAAACGGAAGCUGCUCCUGCCAAGAAGGAUUUGGCGGAACAGCCUGUGAAACCUGCACUGAUGACAACGUAUUUGGACCCAGCUGUUCAGCAAUGUGCAGCUGCGUGCAUGGAGUAUGCAACAGUGGAAUACAUGGCGAUGGGACCUGUGAGUGCUACUCUGGGUACACCGGCCCCAGCUGUGACAAGCCCAUCCCAGAAUGUGCAGCCUUGCUCUGCCCAGAAAAUUCCAGAUGCUCACCUUCCAGCGAAGAUGAAACAAAACUAGAAUGCAGAUGCAUCCCCAGUUACAAAGGCGAUGGCAGACACUGCGAGCCCAUCAACCCAUGUUCACAAAACACCUGCCACCCUCACGCACGGUGCACCUACCUAGGACCAAAUCAGCACAGUUGCACGUGCCAAGAAGGCUACCACGGGGACGGCCAGGUGUGCCUACCAGUGGACCCCUGCCAAGUUAACUUUGGAAACUGCCCUACAGAGUCCACGGUGUGCAGAUAUGAUGGGCCCGGACAGGCUCACUGCGAGUGUGCGGAACACUACCGCAACUUUGUCCCUGGAGUGGGGUGCAGCGUGACCGACGUCUGUGAGUCUAAGAACCCCUGCCACAGGGAUGCGAACUGCACCACCAUCGCGCCAGGUCACACCAAAUGCACUUGCCGCAAAGGUUACGUUGGCGAUGGCUCGACGUGUUAUGGAAACAUCAUGGAGCGACUCAGAGAAUUAAACACUGAACCCAGAGGAGAAUGGCAAGGAAGGCUGACCUCUUUCAUCUCACUCCUGGACAAAGCCUAUGCUUGGCCACUGAGUAACCUGGGACCAUUUACCGUGCUGUUGCCGACAGACAAAGGAUUCAAAGGAUUCAAUGUAAAAGAGCUUUUGCUGAAUAACGAAGCUGCUCAGUACUUUGUGAAACUCCACAUAAUUGCUGGGCAGAUGAGCACCGAGCAAAUGAAUAAUACAGACACAUUCUAUACUUUGACCGGAAAGUCAGGGGAAGUCUUCAGUGAUGAUAAGGACAGUCACCUGAAGCUUAAACUCUAUGGGGGCAAAAAGAAGGUAAAAAUUAUACAAGGGAACAUAAUUGCUUCCAACGGGCUCCUGCACAUCCUCGACAGAGCCAUGGACAAGGUGGCGCCCACGUUUGAGAGCAAUAUUGAGCAAACCAUAAUGACAAUGCUACAACCAAGAUACAGCAAGUUCAGAUCUUUGUUAGAGGAAACCAGUGUGGGACAUGUCUUAGAUGAAGAUGGGAUUGGUGGACCAUAUACCGUUUUUGUUCCAAGUGAUGAAGCAUUGAAUAACAUGAAGGAUGGCACUCUCGAUUAUCUCCUUUCUUCAGAGGGAUCUCGGAAGCUUCUGGAACUCGUCAGAUACCAUGUUGUCCCUUUUACUCAGCUAGAAGUGGCUGCCCUCAUUUCGACCCCUCACAUUAGGAGCAUGGCCAACCAGAUCAUACGGUUUAACACAACCAACAACGGACAGAUUCUGGCAAAUGAUGUGGCAAUGGAAGAAAUGGAGGUCGUUGCCAAAAACGGCCGGAUUUACACACUGACUGGAGUCCUCAUUCCUCCCUCCAUCGUCCCAAUCCUGCCCCACCGAUGUGAUGAAACAAAGAGAGAGAUGAAACUGGGCACUUGUGUGAGCUGUUCCCUGGUGUAUUGGAGCAAAUGCCCUGCCGACUCUGAGCCCACAACACUCUUCACACGCAAAUGUGUCUACACUGGCCGAAUCAGGAGCCUGAAGAAUGGCUGUGCCAGAUACUGUAAUGCCACCGUGAAGAUACCAAAGUGCUGCAACGGCUUCUACGGGCCCGACUGCAACCAGUGUCCAGGAGGCUUCUCGAAUCCAUGCUCCGGGAAUGGGCAGUGCGCCGACGGCCUCGACGGCAAUGGGACAUGCGUUUGCCAGGAUGGCUUCCAGGGCUCCCGGUGUCAGUUCUGCUCGGACCCCAAUAAAUACGGACCUCGGUGUGACAAAAGGUGUCUGUGCAGUUUCGGAACGUGUGACAACAGAAUUGACAGUGACGGUGCCUGUCUCCCCGGCACCUGCAGGGACGGCUCCGCCGGGAGAUUCUGCCACAAGCAGACCUCAGCCUGCGGGCCCUACAUGCAGUUCUGUCACAUCCAUGCCACCUGCGAAUACAGCAAUGGGACAGCAAGCUGUGUUUGCAAAGCAGGGUAUGAAGGGGACGGAAGCCUCUGCUCAGAGACGGACCCUUGUUCGGGAUUAACCCGAGGGGGCUGCAGCCGCAAUGCAGAAUGCAUCAGAACUGGCAGGGGAACCCACAUCUGCAUAUGCCGUCAGGGAUGGACGGGGGACGGAAGGGAUUGCUCAGAGAUCAACACCUGCCUGCUGCCCAGUGCUGGCAGCUGCCACCACAAUGCAACCUGUUUGUACAUCGGCCCCGGGCAGAAUGAAUGUGAGUGCAAGAAAGGAUUUCGAGGCGAUGGGAUUGACUGUGAACCAGUAACUUCAUGCUUGGAACAAACUGGGAAAUGUCAUCCACUGGCAACCUGUCAGUUUACUUCUUCUGGUGUCUGGAGUUGUGUUUGCCAAGAGGGCUACGAAGGAGAUGGCCUUCUCUGCUAUGGAAACGCUGCAGUGGAAUUGUCCUUUCUCUCUGCAGCAGCUAUAUUUAACCAGUGGAUAAAUAAUGCUUCCCUACAACCCAUGCUGUCAGCCGCCUCAAACCUCACCAUCCUCGUGCCUUCCCAACAAGCUAUUGAGGACAUGGACCAAGAUGAGAAAGCCUUUUGGUUGACCAAGAGCAAUAUUCCCACCCUCAUAAAGUACCAUACGCUACUGGGCACGUAUGGAGUGGCCGAUCUGCAGGCCCUGUCACCUUCUGACAUGCUGGCAACGUCUUUGCAGGGCAGCUUCCUCCACCUGGCGAAGGCAGAUGGGAAUAUCACAAUCGAAGGAGCGUGCGUCAUUGAUGGUGACAAUGCAGCCACAAAUGGAGUGAUACACAUCAUCAACAAGGUUCUGGUUCCCCAAAGAGGUCUAACUGGCUCCUUACCAAACCUACUCACCCGGCUGGACCAGAUGCCUGACUAUUCCAUCUUCCGGGGCUACAUCAUUCAACAUAAUCUGGCAAGUUCGAUCGAGGCUGCUGACACUUACACGGUGUUUGCUCCAAACAACGACGCCAUUGAGAGUUACAUCCGGGAGAAGAAGGUCACAACUCUGGAGGAGGACGUACUCAAGUAUCACGUGGUCUUGGAGGAGAAACUGCUGAAGAAUGACUUGCACAACGGCAUGCACCAGGAGACCAUGCUGGGCUUCUCCUACCUCCUUGGCUUCUUCCUCCGCAAUGACCAGCUCUACGUAAAUGAGGCUCCGAUAAACUACACCAAUGUAGCCACUGACAAGGGAGUGAUCCAUGGCUUGGGGAAAGUUCUGGAAAUUCAGAAGAACAGAUGUGACAUUAAUGACACUACUAUCCUACGAGGAAAGUGUGGGAAGUGUCCCCAGCAGCCGAUCUGCCCGUUUGGAACUAAACCACUAGGUGCAGAGAUGAAGAGAUGUCUCUAUACCAUUUAUUUCAUGGGCAAGCGAUCCCUGUUCAUCGGGUGCCAGCCAAAGUGUGUGAAAACUGUCAUUACGAGAGAAUGCUGUGCGGGCUACUUUGGUCCCCAGUGCCAGCCCUGCCCAGGAAAAGCCGAGAAUGUCUGCUUUGGGAAUGGGAUCUGUUUGGACGGAGUCAAUGGCACGGGCAUGUGUGUGUGUGGAGAGGGCUUCAGCGGGACAGCCUGUGAGACCUGCACGGAGGGCAAGUACGGCAUCCACUGCGACCAAGCGUGUACUUGUGUCCAUGGGAGAUGCAGUCAAGGACCCGCGGGUGACGGCUCCUGCGACUGCGAUGUGGGCUGGCGAGGAGUGAAAUGUGACGAUGAGAUCACAAAAGAUGAAUGCAAUGGGACCUGCCACACCAGUGCCAACUGCCUUCUCAAUCCGGAUGGCACCGCCUCAUGCAAAUGCGCAGCAGGGUUCCAAGGGAACGGGACGGUCUGCACAGCAAUCAACGCCUGCGAGAUCAGCAAUGGAGGUUGUUCUGGCAGGGCUGUCUGUAAAAGAACCACCCCAGGAAGCCGGGUGUGUGUGUGCAAGGCAGGCUAUACUGGCGAUGGCAUCGUGUGCAUAGAGAUCAACCCGUGCUUGGAGAACCAUGGUGGCUGUCACCAGCACGCAGAGUGCACGCAAACAGGACCCAACCAGGCCGCCUGUAACUGUUUGUCAAAAUACACUGGAGAUGGGAAGGUCUGCACGCUCAUCAACGUCUGCUUAACCAAAAACGGCGGCUGUAGUGAAUUUGCUCUCUGCAAUCACACCGGAGAAGACGAAAGGACUUGUACUUGCCAACCUAACUACAUUGGGGAUGGGUUUACCUGCCGUGGCAACAUCCAUCAGGAGCUUCCCAAGAACCCCCAAACAUCCCAGUACUACUUCCAGUUGCUGGAGCAUUCUGUACGAGACCUGGUUGGUCCUGGCCCCUUCACUGUUCUGGCACCUUUGUCUGCAGCCUUUGACGAGGAACCCCAGAUUAAGGACUGGGACAAACAGGGCCUGAUGCCCCAGGUUCUUCGUUAUCAUGUGAUCGCCUGCCACCAGCUGCUUCUGGAAAACCUGAAAUUGACCCCCAAUGCUACUUCCCUCCAAGGGGAGUCAAUUGUCAUCUCCGUCUCUCAGGACACAGUGUUGAUAAAUAAUAAAGCUAAGAUCAUAUCCAGUGAUAUCAUCAGUACCAACGGAAUCAUCCACGUCAUAGACAAAUUGCUGUCUCCCCAAAACUUGCUUGUCACCCCUAAAGAUGCCUCUGGAAGGAUUCUGCAAAAUCUUACAACAGUGGCAAUAAACCAUGGCUACAUCAAAUUUAGCAACUUGAUACAGGACUCGGGCUUGCUGAAUGUCAUCACUGACCCUAUCCACACCCCGGUCACUCUCUUCUGGCCCAGCGACCAAGCCCUCCAAGCCCUGCCCCCUGAACAACAGGAUUUCCUGUUCAACCAAGACAACAAGGACAAGUUGAAGGAAUAUUUGAAGUUCCACGUGAUCCGAGAUUCCAAGGUUUUGGCAGUGGAUCUCCCCAGGUCUGCUACCUGGAAGACCCUGCAAGGUUCCGAGCUGAGUGUGAAGUGCGGAGCUGGCAGUGACAUCGGCGAGCUCUUCCUGAACGGCCAAAUGUGCAGAAUUGUGCAGCGGGAGCUCUUAUUUGACCUGGGCGUGGCCUACGGCAUUGACUGUCUACUGAUCGACCCCACCCUGGGGGGCCGCUGUGACACUUUUACCACGUUCGAUGUCUCGGGGAACUGUGGGAGCUGUGUUCAUACUCCCAGCUGCCCCAGGUGGACUAAACCAAAGGGUGAGAAGCGGAAGUGUCUGUACGACUUGCCCUUCAGGAGGAACCUGGAAGGCUGCAAGCAGCAGUGCACCCUGGUGAUACAGCUCCCCAAGUGCUGCAAGGGCUACUUCUGGCCAGACUGUCAGGCCUGCCCUGGAGGACCAGAUACCCCAUGUAACAACCGGGGUGUCUGCCUCGAUCAGUACUCACCCGCGGGACAGUGUAAAUGCAACACCGGCUUCAACGGGACAGCGUGUGAGCUGUGCUGGCCAGGGAGAUUCGGGCCUGACUGUCAGCCCUGUGGCUGCUCGGACCGUGGGCAGUGCAACGACGGGAUCACGGGCUCUGGGCAGUGCGUCUGUGAAACGGGGUGGACGGGCCGCUUCUGCGACACUCAGACAGUUCUGCCCCUCGUGUGCAUGCCUCCUUGUUCUGCUCAUGCCACCUGUAAGGAGAACAACACGUGUGAGUGUAACCUGAAUUAUGAAGGGGACGGAAUAACGUGUACAGUUGUGGAUUUCUGCAAACAGAACAACGGCGGGUGUGCAAAGGUCGCCAGGUGCUCCCAGAAGGGCACGAAGGUCUCCUGCAGCUGUCAGAAGGGCUACCAGGGGGAUGGCCACAGCUGCACGGAGAUAGACCCCUGUGCGGACGGCCUCAAUGGCGGGUGUCAUGAGCAUGCCACGUGCCAGAUGACCGGCCCGGGCAAGCACAAGUGUGAAUGUAAACGUCAUUACGUGGGAGACGGGCUGAACUGUGAACUGGAGCAGCUGCCCAUUGACCGCUGCCUGCAGGACAAUGGGCAGUGCCAUGCCGACGCCGACUGUGCUGACCUCCAUUUCCAAGAUACCACCGCUGGAGUGUUCCAUCUACGUUCCCCACUGGGCCAGUACAAGCUGACCUUUGACAAAGCCAGAGAGGCCUGUACCAAGGAAGCUGCAACCAUGGCAACCUACAACCAGCUCUCCUACGCCCAGAAGGCCAAGUACCACCUCUGCUCAGCAGGCUGGCUGGACAGUGGGCGAGUAGCCUACCCCACAUCCUACUCCUCCCAGAACUGUGGCUCUGGUAUCAUUGGGAUAGUGGACUACGGAAAAAGAAACAACAAGAGUGAAAUGUGGGAUGUCUUCUGCUACCGGAUGAAAGAUGUGAACUGCACCUGCAAGGCAGGCUACGUGGGAGAUGGCUUCUCGUGCAGUGGAAAUCUGUUGCAGGUCCUGAUGUCCUUCCCCUCGCUCACAAACUUCCUGACGGAAGUGCUGGCCUAUUCCAACAGCUCAGCCAGAGGCCGGGCGUUUCUGAAACACCUGACUGACCUGUCGAUCCGAAGCACCCUCUUUGUGCCACAGAACAGUGGGCUGGGGGAAAAUGAGACUCUGUCUGGGCGGGACAUCGAGCACCAUCUCGCCAAUGUCAGCAUCUUUUUUUACAAUGACCUUGUCAACGGUACCGUCCUGCACACUAGGCUGGGAAGCCAGCUGCUGAUCACCUCCAGCCAGGACCAGCGCCAACUGUGUGGUGUGAUGUUCACAGCGGUGGAUCUGGAAUCCAGAGGCGUGGGAUUUGCCAGCUACGACCUGGGUGAUCUUGGACAUACCAUUUUCCUUCUGAACUCUCAUCUGUUAAACAAGUGGGCUGGACAGAACGAACUCCUGGGGUCUCUGCAGCUCUUAGAUCAGCUAAUUGGCACAAGAGCUACUAAUGUGUUUUGGGCUGUCCAGAGGGAGACCAGGUUCGUUGAUGGAAGAGCCAUUCUGCAGUGGGACAUCUUUGCCUCCAAUGGGAUUAUUCAUGUCAUUUCCAGGCCUUUAAAAGCACCUCCCACCCCAGUGACUUCAAGCCACGCUGGCUUGGGAACGGGGAUGUUCUUUGCCAUCAUCCUGGUCAUUGGAGCCAUCGCUUUGGCUGCAUAUUCUUACUUUCGAUUAAACCGGAGAACAAUUGGCUUUCAGCAUUUUGAGUCGGAAGAGGAUAUCGACGUGGCAGCUCUCGGCAAGCAGCAGCCCGAGAAUAUCUCGAACCCCAUGUACGAGAACACAGCCUCAGCAACCCCAGAACCUUCCUACGACCCCUUCAUGGACCCUGAAGACCAGCAGCUGGACAGCAUUGACCCCCUGGGGGCACUGUGAGGGCCGGACCUGCCCCAGCCAGACAUCACCCGCCACCGCCUGGGCCCCUGACGCUGCCUCAGAAAGGCCGUCAACUGUGAAUCCUCAGCCCCAGUUGCCGGUGGGAAAAGUAAGGUCCUUUAACAUUUCAGAGUAUGAAACACUCAAGCCGUACCUCAUCUCUUUGGUUGAUCUGGGGGAUUAUUCUGUUUCUGUGGGUGAGGGACCAUGUUAAAUCCACCCACCAACCCACGGAGACUGCUCCCUCCCUGACUCUCUUCUGUCCUUCCCGUGUACCUUUAGUGACCAACACUCCAGUGACCUUGUCUUAUUUCCCUAUUAGACUGUAAGUUCCCAAAGGCAGGGACCUCCCUAUUCGUCUUUAUGUCUCAGCACCCAGCACAGUGUCUGGCACGUGAAAUGUGCUGACGUAUUGGUUACAGAAUAGAAAUAAAGUCAAUGGAACAGAUCCAGUGUUUUGGGAAACAAAACGACUGUUCGCCAUAGGAGGGGUCAAACUUUGAAGGUACAGCCAACUUGUUUGGGCUUCUUAGGGCCUUUUCAAUUAGCCACCAUCUGCCUUAGGAACGCUUCUUUCUUAACUCUGUUUUGUUUGCUUGUGUGAAGAAGACAUGAGAACCACACUGAGA